AUGAAUAUCACAAUUGACCCUACCGCGACACUCGAAUAUUUCAAUGAGAGAAGAGCCAGAUAUGCGAAGAAGUAUGAAGUGGCGAACAUGUGGAAACUGGUGAGUGCCCUCUGAAAUCUAUAAAAUCGGGUCUUUUCCAGGAAUACGACGAGGGACUGGCCUCGAAAGCGGCACUUCUGGACGUGGCGUACGCCGAAAAAGGAGCCGACUACCGGCUGCUUUUCCACUCGGCCGAUGCGUUGGCCAGUGCGUACGAGCAGUAUCUGGAGACGGUCAUGUCGUUUCUGAAGGAGAACGAGCCGGAAAUGAGGGCGGACGCGUGGCGACGAGGCGACAGAGACACGCUGUUCAGCAUGGAAGUGUUCGUGUGCGGCCAGACGAGAGUGGGCUGUGCUCCGUGCUCGCCGACCAAAUGCAGACGCGGACUGCGCGACUCCAAAUCGAGAGAAUGGCGCUGGCUCAGUUGGGAUGCGAUCUGUUUGAUCGGACCUGUGUGGGUGGUCGGACGAAUUCUUCGGUUGAACAAAGAUGUUAUGGUUUCAGGACGAAUGUGACUGAAUUGAGAGAAGAAACGGGGGAGCCAGGGACAAUGUGUGGAGACGGAACGAAAAGUGACAACGGAUUGUGUGUCCGAGGAUGA